AUGCCUGACAGGCCCUCUACACCUUUAAACAUUGAGAGGUUAGCCGAAGAAUUACAGAACCAUCCCGACAGGCAUUUCGUGGACUAUUUAAUAGAAGGACUUAAGCAAGGUUUUGAUACAAAGGUGUCAACUACCUCUCUUCCCACUAAGGAAUGUAAGAACUUACAAUCUGCCAACAAUAAUGCUACCAUAGUAGAUACUCUUAUUUCCUCCGAGUUAGAGAAAGGGUUUUUAUGUGGACCAUUCCAACGACUUCCAUUCGAGCAUUACAGAGUCAGCCCCAUUGGAGUUGCUAUUGGGAAAUACUCAAAGAAACCUCGAUUGAUCGUGGAUCUAUCUUCCCCUCAUGAAGAUACUGAUCAUCCAUCCAUCAAUGAACUUAUCGACAAAGAACAAUGUUCAUUAAGCUAUGUUAAGAUAGACGAUGCGGUUAAUAUAAUUCAAUCAUUAGGAAGAAAUACUACAAUGUGUAAAACUGAUAUAUCAGACGCGUUCAAACUGAUACCUAUUCAUCCUAGUCAGUGGCAUUUAUUUUGUGUUCAGUGGAAGGGAAGCUAUUAUUUUUAUAACAAGCUAGCAUUCGGGUGCAGAUCAAGCCCUAAGAUUUUUGACACCCUAUCAGAAGCCGUGUGUUGGAUAGCACAGCACAAUUACGGAAUUUCCCACAUCAUGCAUUUGUUAGACGAUUUCAUCACUUUCGAUGGCCCAGGCGUAUGUGGGGAACGCAACAUGGCUCUACUUUACCUGAUUUUCAACAGAUUAAAUAUUCCCAUGGCCAAACACAAAACUUGUGGACCAGAAACUGUCAUAGAGUAUUUGGGUAUUAUUUUGGAUUCUAUCAAUAUGGAGGCACGGUUACCAGUGGACAAAUUGGUAAGAAUUACAGAAUUCUUGACUGACUUCUUAAGUAAGUCAUCGUGUACCAAGAGGGAGAUGCUACAAUUGCUUGGUCACCUCAACUUUGCAAGUAGAGUCGUGAUACCCAGUAGAGCAUUCGUUUCCCACCUGAUUCGAUGUUCUACUACAGUUAAACACCUUCAUCAUUAUAUCAGGAUAAACAAUGAUUGUAGAGAGGAUAUUAGAAUGUGGAGGCAAUUCUUACUACAUUGGAAUGGUGUGUCUAUGUUCUAUAAUACGCGAGUUAUAACUUCUGAUGACUUGCGUCUGUUCACAGAUGCAUCAGGUACUCGUGGAUUUGGCGGUAUAUUUCAACAAGAGUGGUUCGCUGAACCGUGGCCUACAAGUCUACGUGAAUCGGUGUCGCAAGUAGAUGAAUUAUCUAUCGCGUUUAAGGAACUUUAUCCGAUUGUGGUAGCAGCAUUAUUGUGGGGUCACAAAUGGGUUGGCCAGCGUAUCGUAUUUAUGUGUGAUAACUCUGCUACAGUGGCUAUUCUUCAGAAAGGCCGCUCCAAAUCAGCUCACAUUAUGCCACUUAUGAGAAGACUAACUUUGUGUGCUGCCACUCAUAAUUUCUGCAUAUUAUCUAAACAUGUCCCAGGUAGACACAAUGUGAUUGCUGAUUCUCUGUCUCGAUUACAGUUGCAGAAAUUUCGACACCUGGUUCCAACAGCCUGCAAGUACCCACGCACAGUUCCAGCUCCAGCACACAUCUUGUGGAGCUCCAGCCUGUAA